ACGGAGCUUCUCUCUUCGUCCCUGUUAUUGCUUUAACUAGUCUGCAUUCGAGACACAAAUAACCUUUACUACUUCAACAUUACUGAAAAAGUCGACGUAAAGCUUUAUUUUUGUACCGUUUUGUUAAAAACUCAAAAAACGCCAGCGAAAAAUGGAGUCCCAAGUGCGUCAGAACUACCACCGCGACUGCGAGGCCGCCAUCAACCGGAUGGUCAACAUGGAGCUGUAUGCCUCCUACACCUACACUUCCAUGGCCUUUUACUUCUCCCGUGACGAUGUGGCCCUUCCAGGCUUUGCCCAUUUCUUCAAGGAGAACAGCGACGAGGAGAGAGAGCACGCCGAGAAGCUGCUGUCCUUCCAGAACAAUAGAGGAGGACGCAUCUUCCUCCAGGACGUCAAGAAACCAGAGCGCGAUGAGUGGGGGAGCGGGCUGGAGGCCAUGCAGUGCGCCCUGCAGCUGGAGAAGAAGGUCAACCAGGCUCUGCUGGACCUGCACAAAGUAGCCAAUGAACAUGUAGACCCUCAUAUGUGUGACUUCCUGGACCACUACCUGAACGAGCAGGUGGAGGCCAUCAAGAAGCUGGGUGACUACAUCGCCAACCUCACCCGCAUGGACGCCCACAACAACAAGAUGGCAGAGUACCUGUUUGACAAGCACACCCUUGGGAGCAAGAGCUAAACUCUAGUCCAAAA